CUUUGGACGGGCGCACAGUCACCGUCAUCCCCCUCACCUGCCAGGAUGUUCAUGCAUUUGGAGGUUUUUUAUUACAUUUUUAUCCUCCUGGCUCACAUGAGGUCGUACUGCUGCUGGUCAGUGAAUAAUUUCUUGAUGACUGGACCCAAGGCAUACCUGAUCUACUCCAGCAGCGUGGCAGCAGGAGCUCAAAGUGGCAUAGAGGAGUGCAAAUACCAGUUUGCAUGGGACCGCUGGAACUGCCCGGAGAGAGGUCUGCAGCUGUCCACACACAGCAGCCUGCGCAGCGCAAAUCGGGAGACAGCGUUUGUUCAUGCCAUCAGCUCGGCUGGAGUCAUGUACACUUUAACCAGGAACUGCAGCCUUGGCGACUUUGACAACUGCGGCUGUGAUGACAGCAGGAACGGACAGCGAGGCGGUCACGGUUGGCUGUGGGGCGGCUGCAGCGAUAAUGUCGGUUUUGGUGAGGCCAUCUCCAAACAGUUUGUCGAUGCCUUGGAGACCGGGCAGGAUGCACGGGCGGCUAUGAAUCUCCAUAAUAACGAGGCUGGACGCAAGGCUGUCAAGGGGACCAUGCAGAGGACAUGUAAGUGCCACGGGGUGUCAGGAAGCUGCACCACCCAGACCUGCUGGCUGCAGCUGCCAGAGUUCAGGGAGGUGGGAAACUACCUGAAGGAGAAGUACCACAGGGCCCUGAAGGUGGAUCUUCUCCGAGGGGCCGGGAACAGCGCGGCCAGCCGGGGGGCCAUUGCUGAGACCUUCAGUUCCAUCUCUCGCAAGGAGCUGGUCCACCUUGAAGACUCCCCCGACUACUGCCUGGAAAACCGCACUCUGGGCUUGCCAGGCACAGAGGGCCGCGAGUGCCUCAAGAAGGGCAAGAGCUUGAGCAAAUGGGAGAAGCGGAGCUGCAAGAGGUUAUGUGGAGAGUGCGGGCUGGCCGUGGAGGAGCGCAAAGCUGAGAUGGUGUCAAGCUGUAAUUGUAAAUUCCACUGGUGCUGCGCAGUGAAGUGUGAGCAGUGUAGAAAGACGGUGACCAAGUACUUCUGUGUAAAGAAAGGAGGUCAGAGAAGGAAUGAGAGUGCGGGUAGCCGCCGGAAGAACCUCAGGCUGAGGAAGAAGCACUGAGCGUCUUCAUCCCUUCUCUCCCGCUGUUGUCAUAUUUGUACCAUUGCAGCUCCUGUCAACACCUAAACAAUCUGUGCAUGUUCAGUUAGCUUGUUUUGGACAAAAAUGUAAAAAAAAAAAAAAAUACAAAGUCGGACCACCUUUGUUGUCAUUUGUGCAGUAAAAGAUAAAGACGGUGGAAUGUGCACAAAGCCACGUGACAGAUAAGAUAAGAAGGGGAUGUUUUACAUUGUUGUAGAAUUUUUGGUACAAAUGUAUUUAAGAUAUAUUUUUAUACUUUUUACAACAUUUUGAAAAGUUACCGGGCAUUUCGGGAGUAUUUCUCUGACUUGACGACAAAGUCUAUUUAUUUUCAUACGCACACUAAAACCUUGAAGAGAAAACGGUAAAUUUAAACAGUAAUUUGUUAUUGAGUGAUGGAUGAUCUGACUGUUGAGCAAUGGCAUAAUUAGCUUUUACAAUCUCAUUUUUUAAAAGAACCAAUUGAAAUGUUUUACCACGAAUGCCUCAGCCUGUCAACUAUUACUGCCGAGCUUUGAAGUUAUUUAGAAACAUUUGGACAUUUUUGACAGUCCACUCUUCUGUUAUCUGGUUUGCCCUGACCUUUGCUGCCCUCUUGAUGUAUUUAAUUGUAUAUAAAAUGAAGCACUUUGUACUGUACAUUGUUAAUUUAUUGCACAGCAUUUUCUAGUUUUGCUUUGUUGCUAGUUGCUUUUGUGGUUUGUUUUCUGUUAAAAUGAAAGAAUAAUAAAUCCUUCAACCUUCCACAUCAUUCAGCCUGAAGAAAGUGUUCCUCAUUCGUUAACAUACUCUUUGAGACAGUAAUACCUGAUGGUUUGCAAUAAA